UUAUGCUCUGUUUUAUUUUCAGAAAAGCAACACAAAAGUUUCAGUCGUUGACCUAACGUUUCUUAUAUCAGACGUCGCUUUCUGCAGUAAUUAGUCUGGGGACUCUUACGACUCUGUCAUGACAGAACAACUGCGGGCUGAAAUAAAAUGCAGCUUUCAGUGUUCUGCACCAUAUGACAGAAAUUAUUAGGUUACAUAAUUAUAUCGUAUUUAAGGUCAUCAUAGUGUUCUUGGUUCGAUUUCAGAGAAUUCGAAAUUCGAAUAGACCUGAAUUUUGUUUAUUCUUGCAGUGAUUUGUUAAGUUUGUAAACUGACUGCAGAGAUGGCAGUUCAUCAGUAAUGCAAGUUCAAUUCUUCGUCUCGAGAGUUUCUGUAACAGUCGUGACUUCAAUUCCAAGCCUCGGUAGUAGUCAAAAACGAAACAGAACUAAAACUUUGUCCAGUUCUUUAAGAACAAAUUAAGCGAAUGUAAUGUUAAGACGACACUAAGAGAAUUCAAAGUAAUUAGAGAAGAACAAAGAGAGACAAAGUAAAGGGAAAGUAAAUUAAUUUGAAAGAUUAACAUCGAAAUGAAUGUGUUGACAUAUUGCUAAUCCAGCUGAGUGCGUAAGCAGACGCUAGCUAAACAUAUAAGAGUGUUAAAUGAUACCAUCUCCAUCACAUUAAGUGUUCUAUAAUUUCGGAACAGUUCAAAGCGAAUUCAGAAGUUCCCUGUUGUUACAUAGAAUUUACCUUCAGGAUAUUAACCUAAUACACGGCAGGUGCGGAAUUGUAACUAAUAUUCUGAAUAAUAUUCUAAAUCACUGAUAUCUCAUAUGAAGUCGAAAAAAGAUAAGUUGUUUUUGAAGAGAAACGUUAAUUUUAACAACAGAAUUUACAGUGACUUUGAAUACAAACACAACAAAACCAUUAAUGCAAUAUCUCACACGACUGAAGAUUCGUGGGUUGGGAAUGUGACUCAGACUGAAUAUGAUAAGAUUUCGAAGAAACACGACGAAGAAGCGUUUCACAACCAACUGAAACCGUUAUUAAUCAUGUUGCGGGCGCUUGGGUGUUUCCCGGUGGAUUUUCCAACAUCAGGUGUCCCUAGGUAUCGUUCUCUCUCUCCGGCCUUAGCGUAUUCUAUUUGUUUGUACGCGGCAAUCAACGUUUCAGCUCUUUUUAACAUCAGGCACCACCUUCUGCAGUUACUCAAGAAAGAUAAUGAUUUCAGAGAUUCCAUUUACACUUGUAAGUUCAUAACCAUGUUGGCCAACUGUACAUGUGUUCCUGUAUUAGGGUGGCUCGAUACACCGACAGUCGUUCAGUACUUCAGGAAAUGGGAGCAUUUUCAGAUGAUGUUCGUAAAUGUAACUCGUGAGCAUUUAGUUCUAAACACCAAGACGUGCACUACUCACCGAAUCAUUCUCAUGUGCAUCGCGGCGACUUCGAUGUUCCUACUGAAAUUCUUCCCGCCAUAUCUUCAGUUCUGGCACCUUCCGUGUCACUGCGUGUCUCUCCUUAUGCUCAGCACAAACACCAUCGUGUUCACCAUUAUGUUUCGGUGUCUGGUCACAGCUGGCACAAGUCUGAACAAAUGUUUCCAGCGAGACAUGAGGCAGAGCAAUCUCUCAGCACAACUGAUGGGAAAAUACAGAAUCCUCUGGCUUCACUGGAGCAAACUUGUUUCACAAAUAG